AUGUAUGUGAAAUGGUUUGAUACAGUAAUGUUACUAUGUGAUUUUAGUGAAUUUAGUGAAUGUCGCUUUUUGUCAUUUUCAAAUUUCCCGCCAGUUCCGUCCCCGUACGUCCCGACGUUGCAGGGGAUGGAACCCAGAAGACAGAUGCCGGCAUCCGCCGGAGGACAUUACAGGGGACACCGCGGGAGCGCAGGACAAGGUAAGAGAAGAACAGAUUCCGGAGCACGGUGCAUGGUAAGCCCGAGUGUAGCUCGGGGUUACCGCUUGUGCUACACUCGGGAAUACCGCCAGGGAGGUUACACA